GUGUAUUUCCUCAUCCAUAUAAGGAAAAUUGUUUUCUUUCAAUAUUUUUUAAAAUCAACAAAACGGGUUGUUUUCAUUAUUUUCAUCUUCUUCUUUUUACUUUAUUACAAAAAAAUGACUAGUUACUUGACUACAAACUUGGGGCAAAUGGCUUUAAAAAAGAACUACGAAGCAAAUGGUAAACGCCUGGGAGCUCAUCCAAAAGAAGACUUUCACAAAAUGGGUCAAUAACAAAUUAGAUUUAAGAAGUAUUCCCAAUAUCGUUCACUUGAAUCAAGACUUGGCUAACGGGGUUCGGCUUAUCCAACUUCUGGAAAUUAUUGGUGGAGAAUCACUUCGACCGUUUAAUCAAAAUCCAGGCAUGAUUUUUCAAAAAAUGGAAAAUGUGAACAAAGCACUGGACUUCAUCAAACUUAGAGGUGUUGCACUAACAAAUAUCGGAGCUGAAGAUAUUGUGAACAAGAACCUUAAGCUUGUAUUAGGAAUGUUAUGGACAAUUAUUUUAAGGUUUACAAUUGCGGAUAUCAAUCAAGACGGUAAGAACGCUAAGGAAGGUCUUUUAUUAUGGUGUCAACGUAAGACUGCUCAAUACGAAGAAGUGGACGUUCGUGAUUUUACUUAUAGCUGGACAGACGGACUUGCAUUCUGUGCAUUAAUUCAUCACCAUCAUCCUGAGUUAAUAGAUUUUGACUCUCUAGACAAAAACGACAGACACGGAAACACAGCAUUAGCAUUUGAAAUAGCCGAAAAAGAGUUAAACAUUCCUAAAUUAUUAGAUGUUGAAGAUGUCUGUGAUAUAUCAAAGCCUGAUGAAAGAUCCGUCAUGACUUAUGUAGCUGAAUAUUUCCAUGCAUUUUCUGCUCGAGAUGAAUUUGAGACUGCUGGUAGAAGAGUUGCUAAAUUUGCCGAUGUAUUGGCUUCUGUUUGGGAUAUGGAACAUCAGUACGAGUUACGUGUUUGCGCAUUGAUGGAUGCCGUUGAAUUUAUUCAAGAGGAAUGGGACAAUACUGAAUUGACGGAUAGUUAUUUUGAUGCUAAAGAGAAGAGUAUGGCAUUUGAUAUUUACAAAAGCACAGAGAAGAGGUCCUGGGUAGCCGAAAAAAAGAACAUAGAUGCACUAUUAGGAAAUAUCCAAACAAAGGCAAAGACAUAUAACUUAAAACCUUACUAUCCACCUAAUGGGUUGACUUUGCAAGAUCUUGACAAUACAUGGAAUUUCCUUUUACAAAACGAAGCCAAAUAUCAUCGAAGAAUUAACAGAACUAUAAGAGAAAUCAAGGAAGGAUUAAGAAAGGCUUACGCUGAAGCUGCAAACGACUUUCAACAGCAAUUAGAUUCAAUUUCUGCCGAAUUGGUCAAUCUUGAGGGAAGUCUUCAGUCACAACUACAUCUUGUUCAAAGCUUGACAAAGUCGUUUGAACCAUUACAGGAGUCUUUAAGUAUAAUUCAAAUGUUAGACCACGAAUGUAUAGAAGCCAACACCGAAGAAAACGAUUACACUGUUUAUUCAUUGGAAGAUUUAAGUUUCGGCCUGGACUUGGUAAAAGAAGCUGUGCAAAAAAAGAGUGCCUUUAUUCAAAAUCAAAUUGUGUCUCGAAAUAUGACAAACUUGACACCGGCGCAGCUUGAAGAAUUCGAACAAACAUUUAGAUACUUUGACAAGGAUUGCACAAACACACUAUCGGUCUCGGAGUUCAAAUAUGCCCUUUCUAGUCUUGGUAUUGUCUAUGACGAUAAGCUUGAAAGCGUCUUUUAUCAGAUUACCAAUAACUCUGAUUUUGCAACAUUUGAACAAUUUAUUCGUUUUAUGGUAUCCGUCACAGAAGACAAAACUACCCCAGGCCAACUUAUGGAUUCUUUUAGAACAAUGGCUGGCGAUAAGCCUUAUGUAACCGAGCUUGAUUUAAGAAUGAGCCAAAUACCUGUAAAAAUGAUUGAUUAUCUGAAGAAGACAAUGCCUACAAGUGCAGUAAAUGAAUUUGAUGGUUAUGACUAUGAGUCAUACGUAGCAGAAAUGUUUAACUAAUUGUUCAAUACUCACUGCUUCCUCCAUGUAUAUACCUAUGUUUCUCGAUCAUACAUUUAUAUGAUACUUAGAUUAAAUAAAAACGACUUCCUCACCCCCC